AUCGCUCGGCCGCCGCUUGCUGCCGCCGUCAGUGGUGCCCGGACGCCAGCUGCACCGCAACCCGAGCCGUUCCUUGGCGUCCUGCCACCGCCCUUCCUUCCCCCGUCUUCCUCUCCCUCCCCGCUUUUCCGCCCGCAGCUCAAGGUUUACUCAGCUGGACAUUGUGUGUGUUUGGAUUUCUCAAGGAUUCUCCCCCGACUAACAUGGAUGUCCCACCAUUCCUUACAGUUGAAGGUUGCUCCUUGGCGCAGUGAAUGAAGAGCAUGAAGGGAUUGCUAAUGGGUUUGGGAAGCGUAGACUCUCUCCUGUCUCUGUGACCAUGCCGUGAUUGUGUCUGAGGGCCAUCAGUUUACGUAUCCUCAUUCUCACCCUAACGGGAAACCUGGCGGCUUAGAAGGGGGAAGUAAGGCAGCGCGUGUGUGCAUAGAAACAUCAUGAAGAUUAUUUCCCCUAUUUUAUGUAAUUCAGUCUUCAGAUGCACCAUUAGGCUCCUUUUUUGCUUACUGUGGAUUGGAUAUUCUCAAGGAACCACACAUGUAUUAAGAUUUGGAGGCAUUUUUGAGUGUGUGGAAUCUGGCCCAAUGGGAGCAGAAGAAUUAGCCUUCAGAUUUGCUGUGAACACAAUCAACAGAAAUAGAACUCUUCUGCCAAACACCACAUUAACAUAUGACACCCAAAAGAUAAAUCUCUAUGACAGUUUUGAAGCAUCCAAAAAAGCCUGCGAUCAGCUGUCCCUUGGGGUGGCUGCCAUCUUCGGACCAUCCCAUAGCUCUUCAGCUAAUGCUGUGCAGUCCAUCUGCAACGCUUUGGGUGUUCCACAUAUCCAAACCCGCUGGAAACAUCAGGUGUCAGACAACAAGGACUCCUUCUAUGUCAGCCUCUAUCCAGAUUUCUCUUCACUCAGCCGUGCCAUACUUGACCUUGUGCAGUUCUUCAAGUGGAAAACAGUAACUGUUGUUUAUGAUGACAGCACUGGCCUUAUUCGAUUACAAGAGCUCAUCAAGGCUCCAUCACGAUACAACCUGAGACUAAAAAUCCGUCAGUUACCAGCUGACACAAAAGAUGCAAAGCCAUUGCUAAAGGAGAUGAAAAGAGGCAGGGAAUUCCAUGUAAUAUUUGACUGCAGCCAUGAAAUGGCAGCAGGCAUCUUGAAACAGGCUUUAGCUAUGGGAAUGAUGACAGAAUAUUAUCACUAUAUCUUUACAACACUGGACCUGUUUGCCUUGGAUGUGGAACCCUAUCGGUAUAGUGGUGUUAAUAUGACUGGAUUCAGAAUUCUAAACACGGAAAAUACCCAGGUGUCAUCUAUCAUUGAAAAGUGGUCUAUGGAGCGCUUGCAAGCACCUCCUAAGCCUGAUUCAGGUCUGCUGGAUGGAUUUAUGACGACAGAUGCAGCACUAAUGUAUGAUGCAGUUCAUGUGGUGUCAGUGGCUGUCCAGCAGUUCCCACAAAUGACUGUCAGUUCACUACAGUGCAAUCGCCACAAACCAUGGCGCUUUGGGACCCGCUUUAUGAGUCUUAUUAAGGAGGCCCACUGGGAAGGCCUCACAGGCAGGAUAACUUUCAACAAAACCAAUGGCUUAAGGACAGAUUUUGAUUUAGAUGUUAUCAGCCUCAAGGAAGAAGGACUUGAAAAGGUAGGAACAUGGGAUCCAUUGAGUGGCCUUAACAUGACAGAGAAUCAGAAAGGAAAACCAGCAAACAUCACAGAUUCCCUGUCCAAUCGCUCUUUAAUUGUUACCACCAUCUUGGAAGAGCCAUAUGUUAUGUUCAAAAAGUCUGACAAACCCUUGUAUGGAAAUGAUCGGUUUGAAGGUUAUUGCAUUGACCUCCUCAGGGAGCUAUCUACUAUCCUUGGAUUUUCCUAUGAGAUUAGACUUGUGGAGGAUGGAAAAUACGGAGCCCAGGAAGAUGCCAGUGGACAGUGGAACGGAAUGGUUCGUGAACUAAUUGAUCAUAAAGCUGACCUUGCAGUUGCACCAUUGGCAAUUACCUAUGUUCGAGAGAAGGUCAUCGACUUUUCCAAGCCCUUUAUGACUCUUGGAAUAAGUAUUUUGUACCGCAAGCCCAAUGGUACAAACCCCGGCGUCUUCUCCUUCCUGAAUCCUCUCUCCCCUGAUAUCUGGAUGUAUAUUCUGCUGGCUUACUUGGGUGUCAGUUGUGUGCUCUUUGUCAUAGCCAGGUUUAGUCCCUAUGAGUGGUAUAAUCCACACCCUUGCAACCCCGACUCAGACGUGGUGGAAAACAAUUUUACCUUGCUAAAUAGUUUCUGGUUUGGAGUUGGAGCUCUCAUGCAGCAAGGUUCUGAGCUCAUGCCCAAAGCCCUCUCCACCAGGAUAGUGGGAGGCAUUUGGUGGUUUUUCACACUUAUCAUCAUUUCUUCGUAUACUGCUAACCUAGCCGCCUUUCUGACAGUGGAACGUAUGGAAUCCCCUAUUGAUUCUGCUGAUGAUUUGGCCAAGCAAACAAAGAUAGAGUAUGGGACAGUUGAAGAUGGAGCAACCAUGACUUUUUUCAAGAAAUCCAAAAUCUCCACUUACGACAAGAUGUGGGCCUUCAUGAGUAGCAGGAGGCAGUCAGUACUUGUCAAAAGUAAUGAAGAAGGCAUCCAGCGUGUGCUUACCUCUGAUUAUGCAUUCUUAAUGGAGUCGACAACGAUUGAGUUUGUCACACAGCGGAACUGUAACCUAACACAGAUUGGAGGCCUGAUAGACUCAAAAGGUUAUGGCGUUGGAACUCCCAUGGGUUCCCCAUACAGAGACAAGAUCACUAUAGCAAUUCUUCAGCUGCAAGAGGAGGGCAAGCUCCACAUGAUGAAAGAGAAAUGGUGGAGAGGCAAUGGCUGCCCAGAAGAGGAAAGUAAAGAGGCCAGUGCUUUGGGAGUUCAAAAUAUUGGAGGAAUCUUCAUUGUGCUGGCAGCAGGAUUGGUGCUGUCUGUCUUUGUGGCAGUAGGGGAGUUUUUGUAUAAAUCAAAAAAAAAUGCCCAGUUGGAAAAGAGGUCCUUCUGUAGUGCCAUGAUAGAGGAGCUAAGAAUGUCUCUGAAGUGUCAACGUCGAUUAAAACACAAGCCACAGGCCCCAGUUAUUGUGAAAACAGAAGAAGUUAUCAACAUGCACACGUUUAAUGACAGAAGAUUGCCGGGUAAAGAAACCAUGGCAUAGAGCUGGGAAGCCAAAUACCCCAAGCACAAACUGUCAUCUUUUUUCGAAACAACCUUGCAAGAAUGUUUCCUGUGGAAAUAUGCAACCUGUGCAAAAUAAAUGAGUUACCUCAUGCCGCUGUGUCUAUGAACUAGAGACUCUGUGAUUUCAGCAGUUGCAAUGGCCAGACUCGAAUCACAAACAUCAUGGAUCAAUCAAGUUAUGCGGGGUUACACUGUUAGUCAUGGGUUUCCACCAUUCUGAAUGAAUGAAUGUUCCACAUGAGUUUUGUGGCUGGUUUCAAAUUCAGUCUCAGUGAGAAAUUACAGGUUUCUUUUGAAGUUCAACGGUUGCCAGGAGAUGGAAAAUAAAUGUCCAAGAUGAUACUAACCGUGGAAGGAGUCUAGUAAGCAUAAUAUCUCAGAACUGUAAUGGAACAAGAAACCAUAUGCUCUUCUGAACUUCCAAACAUAGAAGAGUUGGUAACUGCUGGUAGACUGAAACUACCAUCUGGACAGGCAAUAUAAGCUUCCUGGAUGGGAGAAAUGUUAAAGUGAAGAAACAUGAAUCCCAUGAUUAGAAGGAUAAAUAUGAGGAUGCUCACUUACUUUUUGGACUGUCUGUGUCACUGAAUUAAGUAAAUAAAUAAUAAUUAAAAAAAUAAAUCAGUAACUUAAAUUUACCUGGGCUGGAACUUUAAUCUAAAAAAAAAAAAAACAAAACCCAAAACAAAACAACAAAAAAACCAACUCACCAAAAUAAAAAAAAAAACAACAAAUGAACAAAAAAGUCCAUAAUUUUGACCCAAGUUUUAGAUGAAUGAAAAUUUCCUUGGUACAAAGGAAUGUAUUUUACAACCUUUAGAUAUAAAUGAUUACUUUUUUUUUCUUUAAUUGUGAAAAGAGGGAGGGGGUGGGAAUCACUGUACUUCACACGUAGAGGGCUUACAUUUUAGCUUGAAUGGGUUUUGAAACCCUUGUUCCUGCUUCUAAUUGAACUCAAUGGACCCUGAAGAAUUCUCACUAAUAUUGGAAGUAGAAUGAGUCACCUAAAAGAAGUGAAUGGGGAGAACUUUAAAGAGGACUGCAUUUUUCAAUACAGUCACAGUACUAAAUGAACAAAAUUCUUGAGCAGGUUUUUUUUUUUCCAAAAAAAAAAAAAAUGUUCAGGUUUCUUUCUGGAAAUGCAAGAUUUCUAUGAAAAUAGUUUUUGUAUGGAAAUUUUUGUAAUACUUUUUAUCAACAAAAUAAGAACAUGUGUUUCUGCCAGGGGUGUGAUGCCAAGCAUGAAUGGUAGUGCGUGUGCACCACCAACGUUUGGUGAAAACUAUUUUUAUCAAGUAAAAGGAAUCUUAGAAGAGACAUAUUUUCAAGUUAGAUAAUAUAAAAAAUAGGUGCACUACCAACACUGCUUACCAUGCUACAUCCCUGUUUUCCACUAGCCUGAUAACAUGCUGUCAUGAACAAUUGUAUGUAAAAGGUAAAAGACACAGACCUCUUGACCACAUUGUGAUAACAGUUGAAGUGCACUCAGUUUGCUGUUUGAAACCAAUGCACAAAAUUAAAAAAAAAAAAACAUUAAAAUUAUGUCAGUUUUAGUUGUUUUGUUUUUGCUGUGUUAUUUGAGCAACAUAUGUACAGUACUUUGUCUGAGUACUGGUACUUAGCCUCAGCUUAGGGCCCUGUUCUGUUGAUUCUUGCCAUAAAAGGUAUGGCCAGAGAGUUUUCUGGGAUUCCUGAGGAAAGACAGUACAACACAUUGUGAUAAGUUUUUGCAGGAUCUAGCCCUUAGUUGCUUCAAAGAUAAUUUAUAUGUCCUGCCUGUGACAUAUAAAGCUGCUGGAUAUAACAUUUUUAAAUAAUGCCCUACAGAUGUUGAAUCUUGCACCUCCAUCUGUUGUAAAUUUAUUUGUAUAUCAACAAAAAUAUAUAGAAUGAACUAUGAAGGAAUGAUAUGUCAGUCAAAAAUAUUGUGGAGAUUGUCUUUAUACAGAGAAUAGUUAGUUCAACUAACUUAAAACAGACUAAAAUUAUCACAGACAAUUAGUCAUUGGUGAGCAAUGAGGUCAUUUGUUUACUAGGAUUUAAUUUAAUCUUACUGUCUUUUUAGCACAAGAAUGUAAGAUAUAGCAUUCAAAUUAUAGAAAUUAAAUCAUGAAAUUUUGGGGAAAAGGGGAGGUUUGUGUCUACUAACCAGUUCUCAUAGUUCUUCAUAGAGACUGAGCUGGCCAUUUCUGUUGUGAACAGGGACUGAGAAAGCAAAUUCUCUUGCAUUCAUGACAGUUUCAUCCCCAUUUAUGUGAUAACCAGGAAGAGGUUAUCUUUGUCUGAAGUAUAAACAAGAUAAAAACAUCUUCAGCAAAGAUUCUGAAAAUGAAUAUACUUACAUAACAAAUAUUUAAGUUAAUUCUUUAAAAUACAAAGGGCGAGAAAGUAACUGUCGUACAACAGAAUGAAAAUUCCUAAUUAUGGUGGUUUGGAAUGGACAAAAAAUUAGCUAUUGCAUUUGAGUGAUGAUUUACAAUAAAAUCUGUAAAAUCGUGUAAUAAAAUGCUGUGUUAUAUUCAAACAAACCUUUCUUUUCUCCAUUAAGGGUGUUGAAAUAAGCAGGAUUCCAUUCUCACCUUGAUACACAUGACUAAUUCUCAUUAAGCUUUAUGUGAGCCAAAGUAGGUGUGAAUGCAGAAUAUGUCCCAAAUGUUUUACUGGGUCAACGUCCCCCAAGGAACAAAAAAACAAAAUCAAAAGUAAUGUGGCUUAAUUAAGAUUUCAGUGAAAUUUUCAGGCUUCUAUUAUAAAGGAAAAUAUGGAAAGCAACUGAAGAUUUGUAUUUUAGAUCAAGACUAAAAAUGCCUGGCUCCACAGAUUCAUAGUAGCAUAGUCUUUAAAAAGAAAUAAUCAUACACUAAUUCAUAAUGUUACUUUGUUGUUCGUUAGUAAUUAUUUCUCUGUGUUUCACAGAAAAAUAAGAUACUUGAGGAAAAACUGGUAACAAAAGGUUGACCCCCAAAGCAGUAGAAAUACUACCGGUAGUUUUGUACUCAAAACCAAAAACAUAACGAUUACUUUUCCUUUCACUGUUGUGA